CACCGCAUGCUGCUGCUCAGCUUCAUGGAACAAGAACAAGGGUGGAUCACCGUCCGCUGACUGGAAGCCUCCGUAGCCGCCGCCGCUGCUGCUGCUGUCACUUUUUAGCACUGAACUGUAUUUCUGUUCUUCCUCGUAACUCCACGCUGUUAAGUUUAGUCAGCGAGGAUGUCAGUCGUAGGUUUCGACGUCGGCUUUAUGAACUGCUAUGUAGCGGUAGCCAGAGCCGGAGGGAUUGAAACUGUCGCUAACGAAUACAGCGAUCGAUGUACACCAGCAUGUGUUUCCUUUGGACCCCGGAAUCGGUCAAUUGGUGCAGCUGCAAAAAGCCAGGUCGUCACAAACUGCAAGAACACAGUCCAAGGCUUCAAGAGGUUUCAUGGCAGGGCAUUUUCAGAUCCCUAUGUGCAGUCCCUCAAAAACAGCCUGGUCUAUGAUAUUGCACAAAUGCCUACAGGAACAACAGGCAUCAAGGUCAUGUACAUGGAGGAGGAGAAGGUGUUCAGCAUCGAACAGGUCACUGCCAUGCUGCUGACCAAGCUGAAGGAGACGGCAGAGAAUGCACUGAAGAAGCCUGUGGCCGACUGUGUUGUCUCUGUUCCGUGCUACUACACUGAUGCUGAGAGGAGAUCUGUGGUAGAUGCUGCUCAGAUCGCUGGACUCAACUGCCUGAGGCUCAUGAAUGAGACAACUGCAGUUGCACUGGCGUAUGGAAUCUACAAACAGGAUCUCCCUGCUCCUGAGGAGAAGGCCAGGAAUGUGGUCUUUGUAGACCUGGGUCAUUCUGGAUACCAGACGUCAGUGUGUGCCUUUAAUAAAGGCAAACUUAAGGUCCUUGCCACGGCCUGUGACCCAGAGCUGGGAGGGAAGGACUUUGACGAGGUACUGGUCAAGCAUUUCUGUGAGGAAUUUGGCAAGAAGUACAAGCUUGACGUCAAGUCAAAGCCCAGGGCUCUGGUCAGGCUCUACCAGGAGUGUGAAAAACUGAAAAAGCUGAUGAGCGCCAACUCGUCUGACCUGCCGCUUAACAUCGAGUGCUUCAUGAACGACGUUGAUGUCACUGGAAAACUGAACAGGGGCCACUUUGAAGAGAUGUGUGCGGAUAUUUUGACCCGAGUAGAGCCCCCUCUGCAGGCUCUAUUGGAACAUGCCAAACUGAAAAAGGAAGACAUCUAUGCAGUUGAGAUAGUCGGUGGAGCUUCCAGGAUUCCAGCUGUCAAAGAGAGAAUCAGCAAAUUCUUCGGGAAGGAACUGAACACUACACUGAAUGCUGAUGAAGCUGUGGCGAGAGGAUGUGCUCUGCAGUGUGCAAUACUGUCUCCUGCCUUCAAAGUGCGUGAAUUCUCCAUCACAGACAUCGUUCCAUACCCCAUCUCUCUGAAGUGGCACUCUGCUGCAGAGGAAGGUCUGAGUGAUUGUGAAGUGUUCCCUAAGAACCACGCAGCACCUUUCUCCAAAGUGCUGACCUUCUACCGGAAAGAGCCUUUCUCUUUGGAGGCCUACUACAAUUGCCCUAAUGAGCUGCCUUAUCCUGAUCCUACUAUUGGUCAGUUUCUGAUCCAGAAGGUCGUCCCACAGGCAUCCGGGGAGAGCUCCAAGGUGAAAGUCAAGGUGCGGGUGAACAUUCAUGGCAUCUUCAGCGUGUCCAGCGCCUCCCUGGUUGAAGUGCAGAAGUCUGAUGAGACAGAGGAACCCAUGGAAACCGAACAGGCCACUGACAAAGAUGGAGAGAGCAAGAUGCAGACCGAUCAGGAUGAGCAGCAGGCUCAGGGAGAUGCUCAGAAAGAGACAGAAGAGAAGACACCACGUGAGAAUGAAGAGAUGGAGACUACCACAGAGGAGAGCAAAAGCGAGAAGAAGUCCGACCAGCCCCCACAAGCCAAAAAGCCCAAAGUCAAAACAAAAGUGCUGGAGCUUCCGAUUGAGAACAGUCCACAGUGGCAGCUAGCAGACGACAUGCUCAAUCUCUUUGUAGAAAACGAGGGUAAGAUGAUCAUGCAGGACAAGCUGGAGAAAGAGAGGAAUGACGCCAAGAACAACGUAGAGGAGUACGUGUACGACAUGAGGGACAAACUACACGGGAUGCUGGAGAAGUUUGUCAGCGAAUCUGACCGAGAUGCUUUGUCAUUAAAGCUGGAGGACACUGAAAACUGGCUGUACGAAGACGGAGAGGACCAGCCCAAGCAGGUGUACAUCGACAAACUGGCAGAGUUAAAGCAACUCGGGCAGCCCAUCCAGGAGAGGUACACAGAGGCUGAGGAGAGACCAAAAGCUUUUGAGGAGCUGGGAAAGCAAAUCCAACAGUACAUGAAGUUUGUCGAAGCCUACAAAAUGAAGGAGGAGCAAUAUGACCACUUAGAUGAGGCCGAUGUCACCAAAGUGGACAAGCUGGCCAGCGAUGCAAUGAUCUGGAUGAACAGCUCCAUGAACCAGCAAAGCAAGCAGAGCCUGACUAUGGAUCCCUCCAUCAAAAUCAAAGACAUCAAAGCAAAAACAAGGGAGCUGUUCUCUGCUUGCAACCCCAUCGUGACCAAGCCCAAGCCCAAGGUGGAACUUCCCAAAGAGGACACGCCUGCAGAGCAGAACGGGCCUGUGAACGGACAGGAGAAACCCCAGGAAGAAACUGCAGACAAGGGCACGACCGAGAACACAGGCAACCCCACCUCAGAAACCACAGAAAACAAGCCCGAGAUGGACCUUGAUUAAAGCAGCCUAAUGCCCCCUGAAGCAAAGCUGAACGGGAGCCGAUUGUUUCAGAUUGAGAUGCAGCCUGGCUGUAUAACAGAGCCGGUCAAGUGUUUCGGGAACUGCACUACACAGUCAAAAAGCAGGCAGGGUGUUUAGCACCCUGAGCCCAGCUCCUGGUGGUAUCUCUGUCUGAUGACAUAGCAUGCCCUCUCUCUUUCUGGAUGACAUAAAUCAAAAGCCAGCUGCAAUAAUUCUGUUUGACAAUGAGCGCUGUACACAUGAUGGUAUUUAUUUCUGUUGUGUGCUCUGUAAGUGUUCUGGUCUGUGUCACAAUAUGGUUUUAAUAAAGUUAUUGAAAAUCA